AGCGAACAUGGCGGCAACCCUCCGUUUCUCUAAUCAAGCACCAGAAUUAGUGUAUGUUCCCACUUAUCACAACCAUAAACCUGCAACCAAUCACUCCUCCAUCUCAUUACCCUCUUCUUAUUCAUUYUGUAAAUCGACACCAAGACUCUAUUCUAGUUCUAGGGUUUAUAAUCGAGGAAUCCUCAGAGCUUCUUCAGAAACAAUGGCCACAGAGAAAUUGGGAAUUAAGAUUGUUAAGAACCCUCCCGAAUCUAAGCUCACUGACCUUGGCGUUAGAUCUUGGCCCAAGUGGGGAUGCCCGCCGAGCAAAUUCCCAUGGACAUAUUCGUCAAAAGAGACAUGUUACCUUUUGAAAGGGAAGGUGAAGGUCUAUCCCGAAGGCUCUGAUGAAGGUGUCGAGAUCGGGGUGGGCGACCUGGUCGAGUUCCCAAAGGGAAUGAAUUGCACUUGGGAUGUUUCGGAAACGGUGGACAAGCAUUACRACUUUGAGUAACAUCUCAUGCUAAUGUUUCUAUGACUCCGCUAUGCAAGACAUAAACUUGAAUCUUAUUCGUAGUUGUUAAAUACUUGCCGAAUAGAGAAGGUAAAAAGGCCACCGGAAUUUCAUUCUAUUCGAUUUGACAUCAAUCUCGAUAUAAUUUUUUUUUAAUAAUGUUUUUUUACGUCAAAUAGUAUAUAUUAAUAUAUGUGCAAUAUUCAUUAUAGAUAUUUGUACACGUUCGUAUGUUUACAAUAACUCUUUAAUAUUUAUACUUAGUAUGAUAUUUAUCAUGAAUAGUUAGG